AGGGACAGAUGGGACGGACACAUGGUUUCUACCGAUCUCGUCCUCCACGCACCCCUCCUCCUCGUGCACGCUUUGCCUAAUCUGAGUGGGUAGAACGGGGAGAGCAAGGGGGAGGGCAGCGGGCAUUUGCCACCUCCUCUCUCUCUUUUCUGGCAGCACCUUACACAGCCGCAGAGCCAACGCAGGCAGGAUAUGGGUGACAAAACAAGUGAUUCCCAGAUGAGGCUGGACGGAGAAGACUGAGGCGACACUCAUGCUGAAGAUCUGGUCUACAGGGAGCCCAGCCCAACUAGAUUUAGUGCUAAUCCAUCGUAAGGAGCGUGCCGGGACAACCUAGUGCAGAGUGUGGUUUUACUUUCUGAAAAACUGUCAGCAGCUUCAGGCCUCGUAGGAGACCGGGCCUCCUGGAGGGUCUAAGGAUGCCGAGUUGAAGGUGCUCUUGGGAAAACCAGAUCCCUGCUGGACAUUGAUGGCCAAAUGUAGAGUGUUGGUCGAAGAAAAUCCGUUGGAAGAAACUAUGUCGGCCAGUCAGGGGAUGAACCGGAGCGGCAUCUACAACUACUUCCUCAACAUGGUGGCCUAUCAGAUCUGCUGUUGCUGUGGACCGGCUCCCUGCUCGCUCUGCUGUGCCUUCUGCCCUCCGGUCAAAUCUUCCACGAGCACGCGGGUCAUGUACACCCUCUUCCACAUCAUGAGCUGCGCCGUCUCCUGCCUCAUGCUGUCCCGCACCGUGUCCGAGCUGGUCAGGGAAAAUGUGCCUUUCUUCAACAUGGUGUGUGACCAAGCACACGGUGGGGGCCACUGUGAGAUGUUGGUUGGCUACUCAGCCGUUUACAGAGUCUGCUUCGGGACUUCCUGCUUCUACCUGAUGAUGGCCAUCUUCCUGAUCGAUGUCAAGUCCAGCCAGGACUUCAGGGCGCUCAUACACAACGGCUUCUGGUUCCUGAAGCUGAUCACUCUGCUCGGGAUGUGCGCCGCUGCCUUCUUCAUCCCCACAGAGUCCUUCUUGCACGCUUGGCAUUACGUCGGUGUGGUGGGAGGAUUUGCCUUCAUCCUCAUUCAACUCAUCCUCAUCACAGCUUUUGCUCACACAUGGAAUAAGAACUGGUUGACCGGAGCAGCGGAGAACAAGCGUUGGUAUCUGGCGGUGACGUGUGCCACACUCUUCUUCUACACCAUCGUCACCAUGGCCUUCAUCUUCAUGUACAAGUACUACACCCACCCCAUCGCCUGCCACUUUAACAAAGCCCUGCUGUGGAUCAACCUGGCUCUGUGUGGCCUCAUGUCCUUCAUUGCUGUAACUCCUUGCGUCAAGCAAAAGCAGCCUCGGUCUGGUCUCCUGCAGGCUUCCAUCAUCAGCUGCUACGUCAUGUACCUCACAUUUUCAGCGCUCUCCAGUCGCCCACCAGAGACAGUGAUGUACCAAGGCAUGAACAUGACAGUCUGUUACCCCAGCGUGGGUCAAGAUGGCAUCAAGAACGAGGGCAACGCUGUGGCCAUCAUCGGCGCCGCCAUCAUGUACUGCUGCGUGCUCUUUGCCUGCAAUGAAGCCUCCUACCUGGCAGAGGUGUUCGGCCCGUUCUGGAUGAUCAAAGUGUAUCGCUACGAGUUCCAGAAGGCUUCCUGCUGCUUCUGCUGCCCUGAUGAAGAGGACGCUGAAGAUGAGUUUGUGAUCGACGACAACUUCAAGGGCUGCCAGAAGGUCAUCCACAACGAGACCCAGAGAGUGGCCUACAGCUACUUCUUCUUCCAUUUUGUGUUCUUCUUGGCCUCGCUCUACGUCAUGAUGACGCUCACAAACUGGUUCAGCUAUGAGUCAGCAGUGUUGGAGACAACCUUCACACACGGCAGCUGGUCAACGUUCUGGGUGAAGAUGUCGUCGUGUUGGGCCUGCGUGAUCCUCUACCUGUGGCUGCUGCUGGGCCCGCUCUGCAGCUGUCAGCCUGACACCAGGCCACGACGCUCUCGCAUCAAACGCCGCUCCGGCUCCUCCCGCCACGUCACGGUCAGCGUCUGAUGGACAAGUGGAGCAGCAGCGGGGACCACGGAGCUCUCUCCUACCUGGAGAUGAUCUAGUGACCUCAAAGGUCACUAAGACCCAGAGUGCAGUGAGAAGACUUUAAGAGCAGAACUUUUUUUUUUUAUUGGACUCUCACUCUUUAAAUUGCCAAAGGGAUGAAGGGGUGAAAUGGAAAUUUGGGAAGUGGCUGGAUACGUUUUGGUUGUUUAGUAUCUUUUUUAAUCUUUGGCUUAGAGUGUAGUUAUAGUAGAAGUCAUAUUCACAAACCUGGAGAACAAUUUUCAUCCACAGCAGGAGGCUGUUUCAAAGGAAGGACACUUUUUUUAAGAGGUCAAAGGCCAAAAUGAUUUGUAAGUAGAUUCCAAGACUCUUGACUGUUUACAUUGGUGCGCAUGAAUGACCUUUUAGUGCUACUCAAACAUGCAGUUCUGCUUAUUGUGAGACAUCAACCCACAUUUCACGCUUUCUGUGCCACAUUUUUGGGACCAGCUCAUCACUGUGACAGCUCCAUGUUAAUCCAGUCAAUGUCAUAGGCAGUGAAAUGGGUCACUCUAGCUAUGUUAGCGCUCCAUAUGCUUGAUGCUUGAUAUGUAUAUUGAGAAAUGUAGAUUUUCUGACGGACAAUAAUUGUGACAAAGUAAAGAGGAAAGGACGUGAGUUUUGGGAAGGUGUGAGGGGGAAUGAAAUCUCUGAAUUUAACCAGGAAACAGAGUUGAUAAUACGGGUGAUUUGAUUGAACGGUGCAACUUUAUGAUGAUUUUAUACCUGUUUAAACUAUGCGAGCACGUGAUGUCUUAAGAAUGUGCUUCCACAUUCACUGUUGUGACAGAAACGUCAAGAAAAGAGGGGAAAAAAGAACAGCUCAUUCACGAUUUUGGUCAAUUUUGAACGAUUAAAAUAAGGUAGCAGCAAUUAAAGCUUGCUGAAAUAUGUAUCAUAAAAACCUUCCUCGUAACAAAAAAACUUCAAUCCUUGUUUGAGCCUGGUGUGGAAUCCAAAAUUUUAACCUCCAUUAGCCAUGAAUGCUAAAACAGAAUGGCAUCAGUAAAUAUACAGCACUAAAUUUGUGGCCAGAUUUUCAAACUUAAAUUGAAGAGAAAAUACAGCUGAAUAAAAUGUUGAGAAGUCAAAACAGGGAAUAGAAAAUAGAUGUUUUGAUGUAUGUUCCUUUUUUGUUUUCUGGUUGUUGCAGCACUAUAAAAGCCGAGAGCAGUGUUCUGCACCUUGCCUUCAGAUUAGGUAGAUUACAUGGUCAUAUGAAGCUGUAUGAAGAGGCUGAGGAUGUGAGUAGAUGAUAUUAUGUUCAAUAACUUGGCGGGUUUUUCUAACUCCAAAUUGUCCACAUAUGUAAAGGCAAAUUCACUGCACCAUUUUGGGUCCAUAUUGUGAACAUCCUCAAACUCUUCCUGUGGCUCUUACAUACUGCUUAAUGUUCCUGUUGAUGUCGGCAGGGUGUUUUAUUGCGCUCACCCCUCUGCUGAAGGAAAAUUGACGGCUGGUGAGCAGAAGUUUUUAUUUCUGUUAUUACCCUCUGUUGUAGCAGUGAAAGUUAUUUUUCAAAGUAAAUAUAUUAUUUCUUACAAAUGCU